CUUCCGCGGCCCGCGUCGGGACUGAGGCACUGCCAUAGGCCCCACCGAGUCGCCCCCGCCACCUUUCCGGGUCAGGCGCAGGCUCCCCGCAUCCCCCUUGGCAUGGGGGAACCCGAGGAGGUGGUGCCCGGUUCGGGUGCUGUGUUUACAUUUGGAAAAACUAAAUUUGCUGAAAAUAUUCCCAGCAAAUUUUGGUUUAAAAAUGACAUACCUACAUUUCUUUCAUGUGGAGAUGAACAUACUGCUAUUGUUACAGGAAAUAAUAAACUUUACAUGUUUGGCAGUAACAACUGGGGCCAGUUAGGAUUAGGAUCAAAGUCAACUAUUAACAAGCCAACGUGUGUCAAAGCUUUAAAACCUGAAAAAGUGAAAUUUGCUGCCUGUGGACGGAACCACACCCUAGUUUCAACAGAAGAAGGCAAAGUAUAUGCAGCUGGAGGAAAUAAUGAAGGACAGCUGGGACUUGGUGACACUGACGAGAGAAACUCUUUUCAUCUAAUUAGUUUUUUUACUUCCCAGCGAAAGAUUAAACAGCUCUCUGCUGGAUCCAACACUUCAGCUGCACUAACUGAGGAUGGAGAGCUUUUUAUGUGGGGUGACAAUUCCGAAGGGCAAAUUGGUUUAAAAAAUAUAACUAAUGUGUGUGUCCCUCAACAAGUGACCGUUGGGAAACCUAUCUCCUGGAUCUCCUGUGGAUAUUACCAUUCAGCUUUUGUAACAACGGAGGGAGAACUGUACACAUUUGGAGAACCAGAGUCUGGGAAGUUAGGUCUUCCCAAUCAGCUGCUGGUCAAUCACAGAAUGCCCCAGCCAGUGCCUGGAAUUCCUGAAAAGGUGGUCCAAGUAGCUUGUGGUGGAGGGCACACCGUGGUUCUCACAGAGAGAGCCGUGUAUACCUUUGGGCUCGGACAGUUUGGUCAGCUGGGUCUUGGUACCUUUCUUUUUGAAACUUCAGUACCCAAAGUCAUUGAGCAUAUUACAGAUCAGAAAAUAAGUUCUAUUUCCUGUGGAGAAAAUCACACAGCUCUGAUAACAGAUUUGGGUCUCAUGUAUACUUUUGGGGAUGGUCGACAUGGAAAAUUAGGACUUGGACUGGAGAAUUUUACCAAUCAGUUCAUUCCCACUUUGUGCUCCAAUUUUUUGAGAUUUAUAGUUCAAUUGGUGGCUUGUGGUGGAUGCCACACACUUGUUUUUGCCACUCCGCGACCCGGCGGGACAGAAGAAUUGGAGUUAGAAGAAAUCAACAAUUCUUACUUUCCUGUAGCGCCUUCUCUGCUCCUCAGCGAUCUGAGCUCAGGCAGUGUACUGCACAGAACUCUACCAGCACGUGUGCGGCGAAGAGAGAGGGAGAGAUCGCCUGAUGCUUUUCAAAUGACACGAACACUACCUCCAAUUGAAGGAACUUCUGUGCCACCUGUUAGCUUUUCCCCCACCCCAGUUCCUUUCUAUAUGUCUGCAGGUAAUUGGCCAGGGAAAAUGAUACUUGAAAAGGAGGACCCCGUGCAACCAGCGGAACCAGAUUAUUUUCGUGAUAAAAUGGCCAAAGGGAAAGAGGCAGACAAUUCUUCAGCCGGAGAUUCAGAAAGCCUUGGAGAAACUACUGAUGUCUUAAAUAUGACACAUAUGAUGAGCCUGAAUUCCAAUGAGAAGUCAUUAAAAUUAUCACCAAUUCAGAAACAAAAGAAACAAGAAACAAUUGAGAAACUGAAGCAGCAUACAGCUCACUCUGAAAACGAUGAUAGUAAAGGAUUUACAAGUGAAGAGAUGUCCAAAACAGUGAAUGAGGGGAGAGUCUAUAAACAACUUUUGGCAAAAGGAAUGUACGUGAUGCAAGCAGCUAUGACUACGGAAGCAUUUUCAGAUGAGGACAUAGAGAUCCCUGAAGAGCAGGAAGGAGCAGAGGAUUCAGAAGGAAGUGGAGUAGAGGAGCCAGAGGUAGAGGCAAGUGAGGAAAAUGUGAAAGUGCCCACACGAAAGCAGGAGGAGGAGAUAGAGAUCCUGUCAGACGACCUGACAGACAGAGCGGAGGUGAGUGAAGGCAAGGGAAAGGCAGGAGGUGGAGGUGAGGGAGUCCAGCAGGAGGGAAGUUCAAGAGUGGAACAGAGGCAGAGUGAGGAGGGUGGGGAGGGGGAAGACAAGGGAGGAGGAGAGAUGGAAGGCUUGGGUAAGGGAGAGAAAGGCCCAGAAGAGGAGGAGGCCCAGGAGGAUCACGAAUUUUCAGAAGAUGAAUUCGAGGACGUGGAUGAGGAAAUUGAUGAAUAUCCAAAAGGCAAGAAGAACAUACCAAUGGAUGAAGCCAAGGACAACUCAGUUGAAAAGGACAAGAAAACCAACCAUGAAGAACGGGCUAUUUGUGAAUACAAUGAAAAUCCAAAAGGAAACAUGUGUGAUCGUGCAAAGAGCAGAUCUUCUGAAGUCCUGGAAGACAGUGAAUCAACACCAAGUAAAGACAUCAAAAAAUCAAAGAAGAUUUUCCUCUUUAAAAGGAUGUCAUUGACGAGUCAGAAAAGUAUGCAGAGUAAUAAUGAGCCACUCCCAGAGAUAAAACCAAUAGGAGAUCAAAUAGCUUUUAAAAGCAGUAAGAAAGAUGCCAACCAGAACCACAUGGGGCAAAAUCAUCAGGAUACUUCACCCCCAAAUAUGGAGAGAAGGUCAAAAUCUUGUACAAUACUAUAAAUAUAUCUCUGUUUCCGUGGUCACCAAGCACAUUGUAAUUUAUACUUGAAAAACAUUAUGACUUCUGAAGGAAAGUUUCUGAUAGCAAACUUUUAAAGAUAUAAGUUUAAUAUGUUUUAUUUGGUUUGACUGUUACGACCAGUUUUGGUAUUUAUUUAUGCUAAUAUUUUUGACAAGCAAUUUCAAAAUAUGUGUAUCUGAAACUCUCCUUCAAGUGUUGUGGCCUUAACUGUUCAGUGUUGCAAAAGAACAUAUAUUUUUAUAUGUGAAGUUUAAAUUAAAAUAUCUCAUAGUUUUUACUAAACAAAUUCUUUAUAAUUUCAUAAGGCAAUAUUUACAAUCUUAUGACACUGUAACAGUUUUUAAUGUAUUUGCAAUUUUUAAAAACCGAGUCAAAAUUGUUUCAAUGAACAUAUUUUAAUAAACUAUAUCUGGUCG